CAAAUGGUCGAGGUAGAGCGGCCGAUGGAAAAUCAUGCAGCAAGCAUCAGCCGCAUCACAUCAGAUGUCCUACACGAGAUCCUUCUCAGGCUUCCAAUCAGCUCUCUCCUGAGAUUCCUCAGAACAUGCCACCAAUGGCGCGACGUAAUCCUCGACCCUUGCUUCAUCAUGGGCCACGCUAGUCGUGCACCUGAGCACCUUCUCUUCUUCCUGCCUAGAGUGGAUGCUUCAGCCAGCCACAAGACUGUCACGCCUGGCCGUGUAAAGCUCUUCGAUGAGAAAUGGUCUCUGUCAACAUGGGUAGCUUCGUCCAUGGAUCCGGAGGACCACCUCUUUGCAUCAUGCAACGGCCUGCUCUGCUUCUACAGGAAAUACACACUGAAGAUCGUCAACCCGACGACUGGCCAAAGCCUGCAUCUCUCGAAACCCGACGGCAAAUUGUUCCGUGACCUUUACUACUUGUACAGCUUCGGCUUCCACCCGGCGACAGGGGAGUACAAACUCAUAUACUUCCACCAUGAGCCCCGACAAGGCAGGUCGUCAGGGCAGCCGUUCUGCUUCGACAGCAUCCAGGUGUACACCCUCGGAGAAGACAGGUGGAGGGAGAUCAAAGCACCAAAAGAGAGCUGCCUGGUGAACCUCGGAGUCGUCAACGUGGAUGGCGCGAUGUACUGGAUCACAGAAGAGGAAGGGACGUGCUGCGGCGUGGCGGUCAUGAGGUUCGAUCUCAAGGACGAGACCUUCACAACCUUAAGGCCUCCGCCGCUCAAGGCUUGCGAGGCGAUAGACGCGCCCUGCGAGGCCCCCAACCGCUCUUACUACGUAACCGAGGUGGACAAGAAGGUGUGCCUGGUGACUGUCCCGUUUAACUGCAGCGCUCCCCGGUGGCGCCGCUACAAUGCGGAGGUUUCAGGCAGGAUGGAUGUGUGGAUGCUCGAGAGUCCCACUGAAGAUAGGUGGUUUCUAAAGUACAGCAUCGAUCUGCCAUCCUCCGCUCCGCAGUUCGUCCCUCAGCCGUGCUUCAUCCGCGGGGACAAGAUCUUGCUGCACGAUCGCGAGGGUGACGCCUUCUGCCGAGAUCUGCAGGGCGACGACAUGCAGAUCGAGGAGUGCAGUGAGGUGAAACUGCUGAACUUCAGGCCUCACAGGUACUACGAGACGCAGUCCUACCUGUACAAGGAGACCCUUGUCCCGUUGGACUUGUACGCCGGGGCGGCUAUUGUUCGCGCACCGCAUUGGCCUUUCGCCCCACCUGGUUGCUGAUCGUAUUAGGCUGCAACAGGAUCCUGUAGUUUGAAGUUUCUGCCAGCCUUGUAUUCUGAAUUUAUGAUUACAAUUCUGCAUUUGCCAUCAUGGUCCAAUAUAAGGUAGGCAGAGAGAUAUCUUUUGUAUCUUCAGAACAGGGUCAUGCCUGAAACAUGAAUUAUGUUGUAAAUAUUGGUGGAAUUCUAAGUAACUAGUUGUACAUAUUCAGAUUUUUUUUUAUGUUGAUGACGGUUUUGUUAA